UUUCUCCAUUUUAUCAUGUGCAAAAGACCUAAUCCGAACUGGCACAAAAACAAUUUGCACCGGGUUCGGGUUGUCUUUUGCACGAAUGAAUGACUCACGUUCGUGACUUCAACCGUUGGAUCCCGCAAUGAUCAGUUCAUGAUCUUCGCUAGCUUUGACUUCAACCGUUCGAUCUUGGGGGUUUCUUCGGGUGGCCGUCAACGAGCGGUGACCGUUCCGUUCCCUCUUCCCCCACGUCCAUUCUCGCACACAUCUCGAUUCAAUCUUCCCCCACGUCCAUUCUGAUUCAAUCUCGUCCCCGAGAGGAAUCGAGAAGAAGGGAGGGGAUUUGCUUCCAAAAUCUCUUCGGAUGAUCGAUUGAUAGAACGGGCAUCUUAUGAAUGCGUGAGAGUGAGUCAUUAUACAUCUGAAUUAGACCAGAUCGCGGCAUAUGGAAUCUUUAUGAUUUAUUUACUGAUAAACACGUUGAUGCAAAUUUUGUCGAAAUGAUAUCUUCCACAUACAUGCAUGCUAUUUCCAGUGACGACGUGCGCAACAUCGCCCUCUGGUUUCUACCUGAUGACUGCAUGAAAUCAAGCUUUAGGAAAAUGACCUGAUCUUCCGUUAAAUGGUUUUGGUGUGGGGUUUGGUUCAUUUAGGUUGGGUUCAUGUUUGGGUCGAGAUUCAUUGUCUUACAUGUGGUGGUUUUUCUAUUCUCUUCUGUUGAUCUACUUCAGCUUAUUAGGCAAACGCGUGUAUGAGGCAAGGAGUUGGGAUAAUAAUCAGGAUUGUCAGGAUGAGAUGGCUGCAGGUUGAGUAGAACUUGGAACUUUUAAUUUCUUAUGAGCCCAAAUGCGUUUUAUGUUUUCUUGCCAAUGAAUGAUGGCCCUUGUAUGGACACAUUAAAUUGAAAGCCUAGACAAAGUCAGCACCUAAGAAGAAAAGACCAUAUGCAGGUUUAAUCAUCGAAUGUAGUCUCCCAAGUCUCAAGUUCAGCCCAAGCUUUAAGUCAGGCAAUGUUGCAUGGUUACUUCUGCAGCAUAUCAAGAAAGUGAUUUCUAUCUUGUUCCACCAGAACAUUAUAGGAGCCGUCAUACAGGUUUGCAGUUUUCUGUCUUCGUGAUACAUUGGUGAUACAAGAUGUUUGACUGUACUAGUUACAAGUCUCAGUAUAUGGAUGGGCAGAGAGAGAAAUUUGUAAGGCUGGAGGAGUCUAGUCCUAGGGUAUCUUUUGCUUCUGAAACAGGCAGAAUGAACAAGCGUGCUUUCAACAUUGAGGGAUUUUGCCCUGGAUCAAAGAACCCAUCAAAAUCCUUCAAGAGAGGAAUGAGAAGGGGAUCCGAACGACUUAAAUCAAUUGGUCGAUCUAUAGGAUUUGGUGUUUCUAGGGCAGUUUUUCCGGAAGAUCUUAAAGUUUCUGAGAAAAAGAUAUUAGAUCCUCAAGAUAAAUUUCUUCUGAGAAUGAACAGGCUUUUUGUUGUAUCAUGUAUUAUUGCUAUAGCAUUGGAUCCAUUAUUUUUCUAUCUUCCUGUAGUUGACAAAGAAGCAGUUUGCAUUGGUCUAGAUAGAAAGUUGGCAAUCACAACAACCACAUUGCGGACGCUCAAUGAUGCUUUCUACCUUCUUCGUAUGGCUCUUCAAUUUCGUACUGCUUAUAUUGCUCCGUCAUCUCGGGUUUUUGGUAGAGGUGAACUUGUGAUUGACCCUGCACAAAUAGCUCAGCGGUAUUUGAGACGCUACUUCAUGAUUGACUUUCUUGCAGUUCUACCGCUUCCACAGAUUAUAGUUUGGAAAUUCCUGAGUACUUCAAAAGGUCCAGAUGUGAUGGUUGCAAAAAAUGCAUUGCUUGCUAUUGUGGUGCUUCAACUUGUUCCCAGAUUUUUCCGGAUUAUCCCAUUAACAUCAGAGUUGAAAAGGACAGCGGGCGUCUUUGCUGAAACUGCUUGGGCUGGUGCUGCAUACUAUCUGCUGUGGUAUAUGCUUGCUAGCCAUAUAGUUGGUGCUUUCUGGUACUAUUUAGCUGUGGAACGUGAAAAUGACUGCUGGCGUUUAGCUUGUAAGAAUGUUAAAGGGUGUGAUGUGUUGUACUUGUAUUGUGGCAGUGAGGAUUUGGAAUUGUUUGCCGGAUGGAAGAAUGUUAGUUCGAAUGUUACUGACGAGCAAUGUUCAUUGGAUGAUGAUUCACCAUUUAAUUUUGGAAUCUAUCAGCAGGCCUUGCAAUCUGGAAUUGUUUCAUCUUAUAAAUUCGUUUCAAAGUUCUUUUAUUGUUUAUGGUGGGGUCUGCGAAACCUGAGUACCCUUGGCCAAGGACUUCAAACAAGUACUUUUCCUGGAGAGGUUAUCUUUUCUAUAGCACUAGCUAUUCUUGGACUCAUUCUCUUUGCACUCCUUAUUGGCAACAUGCAGACUUAUCUCCAGUCUCUGACAUUACGGCUUGAAGAGAUGAGAGUCAAAAGGCGUGACUCAGAGCAGUGGAUGCAUCACCGCUUGCUGCCACGUGAUCUCAGGGAGCGUGUUAGACGAUAUGAUCAAUAUAAAUGGUUGGAGACACGAGGAGUGGAUGAAGAAAGCUUGGUUCAGUGCCUGCCUAAGGACCUUAGGAGGGACAUUAAGCGCCAUCUUUGUUUAGCUUUAGUGAAAAGAGUCCCUCUGUUUGAGAACAUGGAUGAGAGGUUGCUGGAUGCAAUUUGUGAACGGCUGAAACCAAGCCUGUAUACAGAAAAUACUUAUAUUGUAAGGGAAGGUGAUCCUGUGGAUGAGAUGCUUUUCAUCAUUCGUGGUCGCUUGGAGAGUGUUACAACUGAUGGUGGAAGAAGUGGGUUUUUCAAUCGAGGUUUGCUAAAAGAGGCUGAUUUCUGUGGUGAGGAACUGUUAACCUGGGCUCUGGAUCCCAAAUCUGGCUCCAAUCUCCCAACUUCCACUCGGACUGUAAAAGCUUUGACAGAAGUGGAAGCUUUUGCCUUAGUUGCUGAUGAAUUGAAGUUUGUGGCUAGCCAGUUCAGACGGCUUCACAGCAGACAGGUACAACACACAUUUCGCUUCUAUUCACAACAGUGGAGGACAUGGGCAGCCUGCUUUAUCCAAGCAGCAUGGAGACGCUAUUCAAAGCGGAAGAUGGCAGAACUCCGACGCAAGGAAGAAAUGGUGGGAGUAGGUGAUCAGAUGACUGGUGGUUCUAGCCUUGGUGCAACCAUCUAUGCAUCCCGAUUCGCAGCCAAUGCUCUUCGCGGAGUUCAUAAACUCCGGAGUAAGAGUGUGAGAGAAUUGGUGAAAUUACAAAAGCCUCCUGAACCUGACUUUGCAGCAGAUGAUGCAGAGUAACUCAAUUUUUGGCGCCUUAUGGUGAAGUAACUUGAGAAGGGAUGAAGGCAGUGGGGUCUGGUGUUUGUUUUUCUUGGAACUGAUAAGGCCCUUCUUUCAGUAGAUCUACAUCAAUGUAUAAAAGCUGGAGAACAACUUAAUGUAUGGUGGUUCUUCAACUUGAUUACAGUGAUAAACCAGCAAUUUGUAGUGCUUCUAAUGUUGCAACUUUUUAUUUUGUACUUUUCUGUCAAGACACCAGUUUGUUAAAGUAUAGUCCACAUCUGAGUGCUUGAAUGGUGUGGGAAGGAAAUGAAAAAUUGUGGAAAUUGGGGCCACAUGGCAUAGGCCACUUAUUCUUUC